AUGGAAAGAAGUGAUCUUGGGAAAAAGAAGGGGGCCCGAAAAGAAGGUGGUGAAGUUCCUGGCUGGAGGAAAGAUCCUGAAAGCGGGAGAGAUCCUGGAGAUCAGGAAGCUAUGAAGGAACUUGGCAUCAUCGUAUACAACUGCAGCUGCCUGGUCCUGGAUUUACAAAGGAUAUUUGCCCUGUAUAGCUCAUUAAGAUACAAGAAUAAAAUACCUCCAAGUUGGUCUAAGAGACUAUAUGGAGUGUACGAUACUCAAAAUAAACUGACGCUGCAGCUGAACGAGACAAAAUCAGAAGCUUUUGUGUCGAAUUCACCUAAGCUCUUCUGCCCAAAGGACAGAGUCCUGGAUAUUGAAGCUAUAUACAGUGUUAUCGAUGACGCGAAACAGUUUGUAUACAUAGCUGUCAUGGACUACUUGCCCAUCGUCAUUGACACCAAUGCUAAACGGUACUGGCCGUAUUUAGAUGGGAAGAUAAGAGAAGCAUUAGUUUUACGAAGUAUUAAAGUACGACUUCUCAUAAGUUUCUCAAGAGACACAGAUCCCCUUACUUUUAACUUUGUUUCGUCUCUGAAGGCUAUUUGCACUGAAGUUCCAAGCUGUAGUUUGAAAGUUAAAUUCUUUGACCUUGAGGAAGAGAGUGCAUGCUUUCUUAAAGAACAGAAGAACACUUCCCUUCCCAAAUUAAAUCGUAACAAAUAUAUGGUGACUGAUGGAGCUGCAUACAUUGGUAAUUUUGAUUGGGUAGGAAAUGCUUUUACGCAGAAUGCUGGAGCUGGCCUUGUAAUCAACCAAGCAGACGCGGGGAACAGCACAAGCAUCAUUAAGCAACUCAAGGCGGUUUUUGAAAGGGACUGGUAUUCACAUUAUGCCAAAAGUUUACAACCAACAAAAAUCCCAAACUGCUUUAAUCACAAACUUAGUAAAGCAACAUCAAAUAAGACUGCCAUGAGCAAUGUGAAUUAGAAAGACUAUUUUACUGUUUAGUACGGCAAUGAAGAAUUACAUUGGGGUGUAGACCUCUUUCAUAUUUACAGACAAAAGACUUAAA